AUGAGAACAUCUUCCUCGCGUAUCCAGUUUCCGAUUCACCACAGAUCUAACCCGCAAAUUCAUCCUGACUCCGCUAAAUCUACUGGGCCUCCAGCACCGGGACGCAAGUAUGCUGUUAUCGAUAGUUCUUCUCCGCGUGGUGGAAUUUGCAUUUCCAGGGAUCCACGUUCUUAUUCUGCACCCGACACUGCUGAGCCUAUCAACGUUUACUAUCAGAACGUCGGUGGUGUCAAUUCCUGUCUGGUUGACUACCUCCUUGCCACGUCAUGUUCCUGCUACGAAUUCAUCGCCUUAACAGAAACAUGGCUAAACGACCGCACCUUAUCCAGUCAAAUUAUCGGCCCAGACUAUGUAGUGUUUCGUUGCGAUCGAAGCCCCCUGAACAGCAAAAAAUCAACUGGAGGCGGAGUUUUACUUGCUGUAAAGUCCAGAUUCACGGCUCAGCUGAUCGAAGACAGUUCCUGGAACGAUUUGGAACUUCUUUGGGCUCGCAUUGAUCUCGGUGACCGGAAACUGUACCUAUGCGUAGUGUACGUGCCUCCUGACCGCUCUACUGACCUUGUUGUAGCUGAGUCUUUCUCGCACUGCCUCUCCAAAAUAAGCUCAAUCUGCUCUCCCGAAGAUGACAUACUUGUUAUCGGUGAUUUCAACAUGCCUGGUUUGAAAUGGUGCCCCUCCCAUGGUGCAUUUUUGUUCCCAGAUCCUAUGCGCUCCUAUUUCUCGGCUCCUUCCAACAUCUUUCUGGACUCUUUGAGAACCGCGACUCUUCGCCAGAUCAACAGCUUCGAAAACGAAAACGGUCGUACGCUAGACCUCUGCUUCAUAAACGAAGGCUUCAGGAAUCCGACUAUAGAUUUAGCUCCCGCCCCUCUCGUCAAAGUUGUUUCUCAUCAUCCAGCUUUAGUGGUCUCAAUCGAUGUCACUGACAUUAACGCCCCCGUAGAGGAAACUGCUUCUUUCUACCAGGACUUCAAAAACGUCGACUACGAAGCUAUCUCACUUGUCCUGGAUUCUAUCGAAUGGGAGAAUGAGCUCGAUCUUUCUAAUCCCAAUGCUGCUGCUGCGACUUUCUCAAACAUACUGAACUACAUAAUCGAUCGUCAUGUUCCGAAACGAAGCUUACCGUCCAACCCACGAGCUCCCUGGGUCACUAAUCAACUGCGACAAUUGAAGACGGCUAAAAACCGUGCUCUUCGAUACUUCAGCAAGCACAAGUCCCUCUGCACAAAAGAAGAAUACCGCAAGCUAAACACGGCAUACAAAAAAAGCAGCAGGCGUUGCUACCAGAACUAUCUUCACCGGCUACAGCGCAAUUUUAAGACCAACCCGAGAUCUUUCUGGAAGUACGUCAAAAAUCAGCGGAAAGAAUUCGGGCUUCCGUCUAAAAUGUUCUUGAAAGACCACACAGCGAACACCGAUUCUGAAAUAUGUAAUCUUUUUGCUGAGAAAUUUUCAAGCGUUUUCUCAACGGGAUCCAUUUCCUCAGAACAACUGGAUACGGCUGUAAGAAAUAUUUCACCUCUUGAUUCUUCCUUAAGCCGUAUUUCAUUCGAUGACGCAGCCAUUCUGAAGGCGACAGCCAAGCUUAAAAAUUCAUCAUCUACGGGUCCGGACGGGAUACCAGCUAUUUUCUUGAAACGUUUCAUGCCACAUCUACUGACUCCCAUUAGGCAUAUUUUUCGAGCUUCGCUGGACUUCGCAAUCUUUCCCUCGCUUUGGAAAGAAGCUUAUAUGUUUCCUGUUCACAAAAAGGGAGAUAAGAAAGAUAUAGACAACUAUCGUGGAAUUUCAGCUCUUUGUUCGAUAGCCAAACUGUUCGAAUUGAUCGCUCCCGCACUCUUCUCCCACGGCAACAUCGCACCUUGGACGCGAACGGCCUCCAAACGUCCAACACGACAGCAUCGGCACGAGAAUAUCGGUCGUAGCGACAGCGAAACAGCGAAACAGCAGCGCACAAAACUUUCGGUCGCACUCACCGACCACACGGGAGAAGGCCCAAGAACGGAAUGA